UGUUUACUUGCCUUGCCCUGAACCCAGCUGUGAGGAAAAACCCUCAGCCCCGGCAUCACAAGCCAUCUCAGGCCUUGAUCACGCCGGCUCGGGCGCUUGGAAUGCCAACCAGGGCGACUCUGCUUUUCCCUGCGGGUCACACAGUAGGAACCGCUGCCAUGUCCCACCAACCUCUGAGCUCCCUGACUGAAAAGGGGGACAGCUCCAGUGAAAUCCCAGGAAAUGGACCCCCCAGCCUGGCUCACCCCAGCUUGGAUACAUUCACCCCAGAGGAGCUGCUGCAACAGAUGAAGGAACUCCUGGUUGAGAACCACCAGCUGAAAGAAGCCAUGAAGCUGAACAAUCAAGCUAUGAAAGGACGGUUUGAGGAGCUUUCAGCCUGGACAGAGAAGCAGAAAGAAGAACGCCAGCUUUUUGAGCUACAGAGCAAAGAAGCUAAGGAGCGCCUGGCGGCCUUGAGUCAUGAAAACGAGAUGCUGCGGGCAGAGCUAGCAACACUGAGAAGGAACUCAGAAAGGUCGUUUGAGGACACCACUGGUGACUCCAGGCUGCCCAGGGCUGAAGCCGAGCAGGAGGUUGAGCAGCUGAGGACCCAGGUGGCACGCCUCCAGGCCGAGAAGGCAGACCUGCUGGGCAUCGUCUCUGAGCUCCAGCUCAAGCUCAAUUCCAGUGGCUUGUCGGAAGACUCCUUUGUUGAGAUCAGGAUGACUGAGGGAGAAGCAGAAGGGACGCUAAAAGAAAUCAAGCAUAGUUCCGGACCCACAAGGACGGACUCGGUUGCUGUGAGUACAUCUGCAGAAACUGCUAGAAAUUACUUGGAAUUUGAGGAGUUAACUGUGAGACAACUCCUGCUUUGCCUAAGGGAAGGAAACCAGAAGGUGGAGAGACUUGAAAUCGCACUCAAAGAAGCCAAAGAAAGAAUUUCACAUUUUGAAAAGAAAUCAAAUGAUCAGUCUGAGAUUGAGACCCAGGCAGAGAGGAACUCCCAAAAGAAGAAUGAAGUGGAGAAAAGCCCAGAGAGUGUUGGAAGUGAAGUGGAAACCCUGAAUGUUCAGGUGACUUCUCUGUUUAAGGAGCUUCAAGAAGCACAUACAAAACUCAGUGAAGCUGAGCUAAUGAAGAAGAGACUUCAAGAAAAGUGUCAGGCUCUGGAAAGGAAGAAUUCCUCAACCCCAUCAGAGCAGAAUGAAAAGCAAGAGCUUGUGUAUACUAACAAGAAGUUAGAGCUCCAAGUGGAAAGCAUGCGAUCAGAACUCAAAAUGGAGCAAGCGAAGACAGAAGAGGAAAAAUCCAGGCUAGCUAUCCUACAAUCGACACACAACAAGCUUCUUCAAGAUCAUAAUAAUGCACUGAAAACAAUUGCAGAACUAACAAAAAAAGAGUCAGGAAAAGUGGAUCAGACGCUGCUGCAAGAACUGAAUGAGAAACUAGAGCUGGCAGAGAGGGCACUGGCUUCCAAGCAGCUCCAGAUGGACGAGAUGAAGCAGACCAUUGCCAAGCAGGAAGAGGACCUUGAAACCAUGGCCGUCCUCAGGGCUCAGAUGGAAGUCUACUGCUCAGAUUUUCAUGCUGAGAGAGCAGCGAGGGAGAAGAUCCAUGAGGAAAAGGAGCAGCUUGCCCUGCAGCUGGCGAUCUUGCUAAAAGAGAGCAGUGACUUCGAGGAUGGAGGCAGGCAGUCCUUGAUGGAAAUGCAGAGCCGACAUGGGGCAAGAACGAGUGACUCAGACCAGCAGGCUUACCUGGUUCAGAGAGGAGCUGACGAUAGGAACUGGCCACCACAGCAACCACGGAGUAUUCCCAUUCAUUCUUGCCCAAAAUGUGGAGAGGUUCUGCCUGACAUAGACACUUUACAGAUUCACGUCAUGGAUUGCAUCAUCUAAGUGUUGAUGUCUCACCUCCCCAGAACUGGUGGUAAAUGUCAGAUUUUCUCCACAGCUUGUACUUUUUGUCUCAUUUGCUUCAUUCAAAUAUUCUGCCUCAAUGUGUAUAUAUUAGGAGAAAGAAAGUGCAUCUAUUCUAAUAGAACGUUUCCUGAGUUUCCAUGAACUCACAACAUAGAAGCUAUGAUUAUUCUGAUUAGAAAUUCAGUCCAUGAACUUACACCAUGUGACUGAGCUCACAUGGGAAUUAGAUGGAAGAAACUUCACCAGGAAAUUUUAAGAACCUUUUAAAGGAGGCAGAGAAAGGAACUGAUCACAGAGUUAAUCAGGAAAAAUGUCUUUGAAGUAUUUUUUAGAUAAACUGUUGGCUUUCUUCAUCCAGUAUUUUUGUUGUUCUUGUUUUGUUUUGUUUUCCAAGGUAGUGUUUGGCUCUAGUUCAGGCUGGCCUAGAAUUCACUAUGUAGUGUUAGGCUGGUCUUGAAUUCUCAGCUAUCCUGUCUCUGCUUCCUUAGUGCUGGGAUUCAUUAAAGGCGUGCACCAUCUCACCUAGCUCAGUUCGAUCUCUUGAGGUUGUGUGCAUCUUACAGUUUGAUUGCAACGAUAGUAAUUUGAUUGAAGUUAUCAUAUGGCUUUUUUCAACUGAGUACUGUGAGAUUCCUGUCAAUAUCAAGACCAAUGAGAGCUAGGGAUAUAGCUCAGUGGUAGUGUGUUUGUCUAGUGUACACAGGGCACUGAGUUCAAUUCCCAGCACCACAAAAGAAUCAUAUACACAUCCACAUGUGAAAAACCUUGGCAUAUAGGACAUCAAGUUUACUAUAUUUCUUGUAACUGUUCAGUGUUAUCUUGAUUUUUUUUCAUUGUGCUGCAAUCAUAUGGGCAUGUAGAUAAUCAAUUUUUUAAAAGAGCAAUUAUUUUCUUCCUAGAUCAGGUAAUAUCUUCAUCAUUACAAGCAUUUAUUUUACAAAGUAAAAUUUUUGCUACAGAUCUUUUAAAUUGCUCAUGUAUUACCAAUAUCAUAUUGCAAAUUUUCUGUAUUAAGCUCAUUUAGCUUAAUAAAACCUUAAUAUUUAGUAAGAUAUUUUAUUAGCUAUAAAUAUGAGCAAAAUCCCUUUCAUAACAGGACAUAUUUGAAUUAGAAGUUGCUAGAAUUAUGAAUAGAGCCAGGCAUGAUGGUGCACAUGGGAGACUAAGAUAAGACCAUCACUAAUUCAAGGCUAGCCUGGGCUAAGACUGUAUCUCAAGAAAGAGGAGCCAGGCAUAGUGAUGCACGCCUUUAAUCCCAGUACUUGAGAGGUCGAAAUAGGAUUAUCACUGAGUUUGAGGCCAUCCUGAGUCUACAUAGUGAAUUCCAGGUCAUCCUGGGCUAGAGUGAGACACUACCUUGGUGGGGGGGGAAGAGGAGGGAAAAUGAGUAGAUAGUGAUUUGCCACAUUUUGUAAACUUACACUUUAAGAUUAGCAAGUGCUAGAAAAGGCCAUAAAGUAGACAGUAUUAUUAUGCUUCAAGGUCCUAAAACAUUUGAGAGAACUAAAAGAGCUUCUGUGUUUCUCAUUACAUACAUGUGUGUUAAAUAGUAUCAAAAUAGUUCAUUCAUACAAAGAUAACAUACUGUACAAAAUACAGUGCUCAUCAUACCUGAAGAGGUAUCUUCAAGCCAGGAGAAUACAUAGUGAUACGAAUUCGACAGUAAUUUAGAUGAAAAGAGUCCCUUACUCCAGGAAGAAUGCUAACAACAUUUCUAAAAUAACAAUGAAAGUUUUCUUUUCUUAUAGUUUCUAGUGCAAACUUACUUACUAUUUUAUACUAAAGAAAAUAGAUUUAUAAAAUAUCCUAAAUGGAGAAUACAACCAAAUGUUUUCAGAUUUAAGUUAUUAGGAAAUCCUUUCACUUUGUUCAAGUAACAAUGUGCAGCAAAUCCAAAUUCAGAAAUAAAACAUAGACAGUGUCAUUAA